GCUGAUCUACAUUGGCAUCGUCUUCUACGCCUUCACCCGCUAGCUGUAGCCGGAUCCAGUAACUCCACUUAAUGCUUCGUUUGCAUUUUCUUAUGCUUUUUUUUUUUGAAAAGGGGGCAUUUUCUUAUGCUUAGAUUAUGCGUCUGUCAGUCUGUGUGAUCACUGGUGAGAUGCAGUAAGAUUGCAGCUGAGUUAGAUUAUGCAGUAAGAUGCGUCUGUGUACGUGUAUCAGUGUGUUUAUGCUUGUGUUCUUGGUGUUCUUUAACACAAAUUUGGCAAGCUUAGCAUAGAGGUAGUUGUCAUUCACAAUUUUGGCCAGCUCAGGAAAAUGUCAUCCAUACCACUCGUUGCAUUACAUUGUUAUGGUUAUAAACAACAAUCUGUACAACCAGAAAAUAUAAGGUUCACAUUCAGUUAAAGGGAGCUAUGCACAUAUUGGCCAGCAAUUCACGAGGGUCAACGGUCAAGACUUGAUAAAAAUCAUUUAGAAUCCAUGCAACAAUUUCAACUCAUGCCCUAAGAGAUUAGUUUACUCUUUUUUCUGUUAGCUGGAGGCAUGGAGCUUUUGCUCUUGCAAUAUAUGAAUAUAACAAGAACAGAUCUAAAGAGGUCAAACAUGUUUAAGAGCUUAGGAAUAGUAAUAUUCUUAACAUUUAUCUUUAUCUAUAGAACUUACUAUAGAUAUAUUUUUAGUUCAACAUGUUACACUGAAGUCCAAGACAUACAAACAUCGCCCUGCUCGUUCCCAACCAAAUAAAUUUUGAAAAAUCGUAUGGCGCUUUGAGUGAAUCUAAUUAUCUUCGUAUGACUUAUUCCUAAGGGGUCAUCUCUUGAGCUAUCAAACUACGUCACUGAGCCGAUAAACUUCAUAGUGUACCAAAACAAAUAUAUGCAUCAGUAACAAUCAUGAGUGAAUUAAAAUAGCAUAUGUUCAGUUAGCUGGAAUGAAAGAGAACAUUCCAUAUAAUACACAGCAGGCAUUGCAACCUGUGCAUAAGUUCUUUGAUAGUUUGGUGUCCUGGUGAUUGUUGUGCAGGUGCGCCCAACAAACAAAAACAAGAAUGAGACUCUGUACCUAGCUAUUGCUUUGUAAUGUUCUUCCGUCCACGAAUAAGUGUCCAUCUAGCUUUUGUGCUAAAUCAAAGUUCUAAAACUUUGACCAAUUUUAUAGAAAAAAGUAGCAGGGUUUAUAGCACUAAAUUAUUAUCAGUGGAUCCGUUUUGAAAUGUACUUCCAUAAUAUACUAAUUUGAUGCCAUGUAUGGUACUAGUCUUUUCUAUAUAGUUGGUCAAAAUUUUAAAGCUUUGACUUGGGACAAAAGGUAGAAAUACACUUAUUCACGGACGGAGGAGUAACAUCUACUCCUGAAGCUAAUGAUCACAGUGGUUUGACUCUCUCACUUGGGCUCUCUCACAAUUCUGCCAGUACUGCAGGUUCUAUUGGCAAUGUUGAUUUGCCUCUCAUGGAUGAUCUCAAUCUGCCCCUGGCUCAGCAGAUGCCCACUGCUUUGUCUUUUUCUUCACUUCAAGACCAAAGGUUGGACUCUCCCACCUCCAAGGGCCAACAACUUCUCAGCUCAUCUUCCCACAGUUUGGACUCUGUUGAUGAACAACUUCGGGCACAAUUUCUAGCUGAUCCAGCUUCUUCUGAUAAGGUCAUUCAGAUCAUUAUAUGUCAAGGAGUUGCACGUAAAAAAACUCUGAGCUUUGCUAUUCCUAAUAAGUGCCCUUCUGCUCAAGCACCUAUAUGCAAUUUACAGGACCAUGACCCUAUGCCUCAGGGGAAGCAGGUUCCCUUUUCAACUCCACAAGUUUCAAGUCACUCCACUAUGGAGUUGGUGCCAGUGCAAGCCUCCUCUACCAGUUUUGCCCUUGUUCAGAACAAAAGGAAGAGCAGACCUCCUCUUGUGGAAUCGGAGGUUAACCCAAAGGAUACCACUGAAGAUAUCCUCUCCAAGAAGAAAAUGAAGAAAGGAGGGAAGGGAGCAGUUAAGGACAAGGAGACCCUUGCUGCUUAGGGCUGCAGGUGUUGGAUGUAUGGAAGCUCUUUAGAUUCUUGCCUGUAAUAAAAAUUUGUACUAGACUAUUAGUGUGCUUUAAGUGGUAGAGUGUGUUUGCUAUUACCUGCUGGAAGUCGUAGUUACUUAUUUUGUCACUGCCAGCCAGUUUGAGCAUUAUCUAUUUUGUCUAAUCUGAGUUGCAAUUUUAUCCUUA